UUGUCGUCCUCUGUCACCCCUUCCCUUCGUUUUUAACGGUUUCAACAGCCUCACGGUUCUUUCUAUCCCCUCUUCAUCGUCUUCUAACCUUGUUCUCCAAGCUUCUCCAUUCUCUCGUCUCUCCUUCCCGCAAAAAAUAUAUAUAUACAAAGCCGAAUAGAUUUGAGAACGAAACCCUAGAGAUGGAAGCAGCCGUAGCGAACGGUCCGAAAAAGGUUGAUGAUAAACGGAACGGGGGUGUGAUUGAUGGACCGACUAAUCCAAUGGUGACGCCUUUGCUUACUGAUCUCUAUCAGUUCACUAUGGCCUAUGCAUACUGGAAAGCUGGCAAGCACGACGAACGAGCCGUGUUUGACUUGUAUUUCCGGAAGAACCCCUUUGGUGGUGAAUAUACAAUAUUUGCUGGUUUAGAAGAUUGCAUAAGAUUUGUUGCUCAUUUUAAUUUUACAGAGGAUGAGAUAGCUUUUGUGCGGGCAACAUUACCUCCAUCAUGCGAGGAUAGUUUCUUUGAUUACCUCCGAGGACUUGAUUGUUCAGAUAUUGAAAUAUAUUCUAUCUCUGAAGGAUCCGUAGUCUUCCCUAAAGUUCCUUUGUUGAGGGUUGAAGGACCAGUUGCGGUGGUCCAGCUGCUCGAAACUCCAUUUGUGAAUCUUAUUAACUAUGCAUCGUUGGUUGCUACUAAUGCUGCCAGGCAUCGUUUUGUUGCUGGAAAAUCUAAACUGCUUCUUGAAUUUGGACUCAGAAGGGCACAGGGCCCUGAUGGUGGCAUAUCAGCAUCCAAAUAUUGCUACAUGGGAGGAUUUGACGCAACAAGCAAUGUAGCAGCUGGUAGAUUGUUUGGGAUCCCACUUCGUGGAACUCAUUCUCAUGCUUUUGUUAGCUCAUUUUUGAGUCCUGAUGAAAUAUUAGAGAAGUCACUCUGUAGCUGUGAUGGUUCAACUGUUUGUGAGGAUUUCGUUAGUUGGGUGCAGACAUGGUUGAGCAAAUUAAAGCGGUCAAAACUAUUAGCUGGUAUUUUUGGUGAAACCAAUCAAAGUGAACUAGCUGCAUUCAUGUCAUAUGCUUUGGCAUUUCCCAACAACUUUCUGGCCUUAGUUGACACAUAUGAUGUAGUCAGAAGUGGCAUUCCCAAUUUUUGUGCAGUUGCUCUGGCCCUAAAUGAUCUGGGGUAUAAGGCACAAGGGAUUAGAUUAGACUCCGGUGAUCUUGCAUACCUGUCGUGUGAGGCUAGAAAGUUCUUUCAUUCUAUUGAAACGGAAUUUGGAGUCCCUGAUUUUCGAAGGACGAGCAUCACAGCCAGUAAUGAUCUCAAUGAGGAAACAUUAGAUGAUUUGAACAAGCAGGGUCAUGAGGUUGAUGCUUUUGGAAUUGGAACUCAUUUGGUUACAUGCUAUGCUCAACCUGCCCUAGGUGUUGUCUUCAAGCUUGUUGAAAUAAAUAACCAGCCCCGUAUUAAACUUUCUGAAGAUGUUUCAAAGGUCUCUAUUCCGUGUAAAAAACGGUGUUACAGAUUGUAUGGGAAGGAAGGUUAUCCUCUUGUAGAUAUAAUGACUGGGGAAAAUGAGCCGUCUCCAAAGGUAGGUGAGCGGAUUUUGUGUCGCCAUCCAUUUAAUGAGUCAAAACGAGCAUAUGUGGUUCCGCAGAAGGUUGAGGAACUUCUAAAGUGCUAUUGGUCGGGUAGUUCAGAUAGAAGAAGAGAGGAGUUACCACCCAUCAAAGAGAUAAGGGACCGCUGUAUUGACCAACUGGACCGGAUGCGCACUGAUCACAUGAGAAGGUUGAACCCAACACCUUACAAGGUUAGUGUAAGUGCAAAGUUAUAUGACUUCAUUCAUUUUCUCUGGCUCAAUGAAGCACCCGUUGGAGAAUUGCAAUGAGAGCCAAACCUUGCCACCCUUAUAGGCUGUUCGGUUCCCCAACCGUGUAUCAGAGAUUUUUACGUGGUUAAUUGCAAGGCACCUGUUGGUUUUAGGAUUUAACACGCAUACACCCUCCCCCUCUGUACCCAGCUUCACAUGGUAGUUCAAUUUGAUCACUUGUAAUUUGUACAAAACAUUUAUAGGUAACAUAUACAAGGUUAAUUGGGAAAAAAAAAUUGGGAGUGGUAAAUGUACCAGGCAGACAAGCUAGAUAUGCAUUCUUAGCAAGCUUGAUGCCGUUAGCCCUUGUUAAAAUCAGCAACUUUUGAUUUGCUAAUACUGUGUUAUCAUCUGAGAAA